CGUCCCAUAUCGAAGAUCGGGCUUCAUUUCUCACUUUAACAACACGUUGAAAUGUUCAUUCGUGUUCAAUGUUUUUGUUACGACACUGCUUUGUUAUCACUUGCAAACAAUUUCGAGUUAUAGAAUAUACAGUGACCUAUCUGUGCCAAUCUUUAUCUGAGUGUUCUUAAUAUAUUUUGAUAAGUGAUUAAGAUGAAAAUAUGGUACGCGAGGUAACGCGAGUGUAAAAAAGUUCUUAGGAAUUUUGAAACACGUAAUUUAAUAUCAGUCAAGCAUAUAUAAUGCGUGUUUUGUGCUGUAUUUCAUAACUGUACUGAUGCUAGUUGCAUUGUUUGAUUGCACUUGUUAUUUAUAGUGCACAGAACAAUGAGAAAACCUCAAAAGCCGAGAAGGAUCUACGUAAAAGCGCGCCAAACUUAAUCAGUGGUGUAUGGAAUGAGCUAGAACAAUGCAUCCAUCUAUCAACUCUUGCCUCAUCGGCCUGCUGGGCUUCCUGACAUAUGUGAAAGGCAAUGUUAUUGUGUACACCCAGGAUCUACCGCAUACGAUAGCAGAAGAAUUCCGGGACAUGCCAGCCAGCUUCGGCCCCGAGGUGCCCCCGGAUGGCCUGCGCGGCUUCCUUGUCCCCGGCGAGCCGGCGGACGGUUGCGGGCCGCUGAUGAAGCCGCCAACAGUGGAUAACUUCACCGGGAAGUGGAUUGUCAUAGUUGCUAGAUUCAACUGCAGUUUCGAGGUGAAGGUCCGCAACGCGCAGGCGGCCGGCUUCGACUGCGCCAUCGUGCACAACGUUAACUCCAGCGACCUUGAAACCAUGUCAGCGAAGGACCCCGAGGGGAUAGCCAUCCCGUCGGUGUUCGUGAGCGACCUAGCCGGGCUUAUAUUAUCCGAAGAGUAUAUUUAUAUAAAUCGCUACUAUAUAAUGGUGAACGGCGACCUGCCGUUCAACAUCAACACGCACCUGCUGCUGCCCUUCGCCAUCGUGGUGGUGUUGUGUCUUAUCGUCAUACUUAUAUUUAUGAUAGUGAAAUGCAUAAAGGACCGUCGGCGAGCGAGGCGGCACCGCCUGCCCAACCGCUCGCUGAAGAAGAUCCCCACGUGCAAGUUCAGCAAGGGCGACCCGUACGACACGUGCGCCAUCUGCCUCGACGACUACCAGGAGGGGGAGCGGCUCCGGGUGCUGCCCUGUGCGCACGCGUACCACGCGAAGUGCAUCGACCCGUGGCUGACGCAGAACCGGCGCGUGUGCCCCGUGUGCAAGCGGCGCGUGCUGGCGGCCGGCGAGCGCCGCCGCUCCACCGACUGCGACUCGGACGACACCGAGCCGCUCGUGCGCCGCGACGCCACCGACGGUGGCACUUUCGAAGAGCAGCGUGAGAAUCCAUUUGUGCGUGCGGCGCGCUACGUCGCCCGCAUGCGUCUGCGCAUGGAAACUUCUAAUAACGCUGAGGAGCCGCAGCCCUCUGAAGACAAUGAACAAAAUAGCACUAACCAAGUUGUAGUAGACGUGGAGCGCGAAGUAGCAGCUGACGACACAGCGGCGCUGCUGCCUCGCUCGGAGCGGCGUCGCUCACGGCGGCAAGCGCGGCGCGAGCGGUCCGCCCGCGCUCAACCCGCUCAGCCCGCUCACGCCGCUCACCCGCACGCUCACGCAGCCGGCGCAGUACGCACCGUGCGGCCCGCUCAGCCGUCCAUCAACGGCGGGGAAGGCGAGAUCGGUGUGGCAGCCCUGCCCGCUCCGCCCAGCACAGACGACAAUAUCGUCCAUUUAUGAGCAAAAGUUAUAUCAUU